CGGAAAGCGAAAAGCUUUCUAGGAGAGCAGCAAAAGGAGGAGCUCUUUGAAAGAUAGAUGCGUCAUCUUCAGUGUUUCUCAGUUCGUUGUCGUAUGUAGAUGCACUAGUUGCUAAAAAGAGGCUCUGAGUGUCUACGGAGGAUGACAAUCCAAAAGGAAACGAAAAGGAAAGCGUCAAUGAGCUUCACGUUCACAGAACUAAACUUAUCAACAUAACAAAUAAGGAACAUGUCAACCUUCGGAAGGAUCCUCAGAGUAGGGCAGUCCCCCGCCAGCUCGUCCACAAAUCCGCAUAUAAUCGUGUGGGAUGAUGGCAACGCGGCGUCAAGAACACAGGAUAGUGCAAUACAUUCUGCAUCUGUUGGAGUAGACACUACCGGAGGCAUAGCACCUCCACCAACUGGAAAUAACGUCAAGAUGAAUAGCAGAACUUCCAUGCCGCCUCCACCGAGUAAUAAAAGAGGUAUAAAAAGCACGAGAGACGAGACGAGAAAAAAUUUUUACGAGAUCGAAGAAGUAGCUGGUGCGCGAAGGAGGCUUUCGUACCCAGACGACACGGGACGACCGCCGCCUCGUAAGCGCUUGUUGAGUGAAAGAAGAACGAAGUAUGCGAGCCAACAGCAUAGGGAUUUGUAUCAACGUGCUGAACUACGCGAACGAGCACGAAGUGAGCAAGAUGCUCUUGAUUUCGCAGCGACGCCAUCGCGUACAACUAGGACUAGCAACUACGGAAAUUCGAAUUCCGCCUCGAAAAUACAUCUUUACCCACAUCACUUGCAAGUCAUCAAGCCUUCAUCUAUAUUAACGGGGACGGAUCUAGAACUACAACAUGAGAUGACUUCAGCUUCAAGUCUAAUAUUAAGGGUAGGUUAAAGGUGCUUUUCUUACCGCUUUUUAUGCCUCUCCUAAGGGAGAAAGGCAUAACAAGCGGGCUAAGCGAGCACCAACAACCUACCUCUAAUAAUAGCUUUAACAAGUAGACAGCAAGAGCCGGCGCUUCGACGCUCCUUAGCCGAAUCGAAUGGAGCAAUUAUCGGAAUUUUCGUGGUCCUCGGAACUCUAGUUUUCAUCGCCGCAGGCCUGUUCAUGUUUUGGGGGAUCGUGAGAGAACACGUAGCCCGCGCUGCGUUGCUGCGACAAAAGAAUCGACUAGCACCCGGAGUGGUUCCUUUAAGGCUUACCCCAAUGGUGCAAGUGCAUCUUCACAGAAGUCAUCCUAGAAAGGAAGGCUUUUCAAGGGGAAAAGGGGAGCAGGAUGCUCCUCGAGGUGUAUUGGGGUAAGCUCUAAUUCCUCCAGCUACUGGCGACAAAGCUGGAAGUGGAGGAGGAACAGGUGGCGGCACUUCACCUAGCAAGUCGGCUUUGGUGAAAAACAGCGACAGUAGCAACAUUUUUUCGCACAGCAAAAAACGUGUUUCCUUUAACGCAAGACUGAUCGAAGCUUAUUCGCCUUCACAUUCCGAUAGCGAACAACCAGGCGGACAGGUUUUCUCCUUACAUUUACUCUUGUCAUCUCAUUCAUUCAUCAGAUGGACCUGGACUCUCCACCUUACAUUUUUUUUGUGUUUAAAAAGAUGUAGCGACGGACUUGGUCUUCUUCGGUUCAAAAUCAUUAUUUGUGUCCUUCAUCAGAUGGACCUUCAUCAGAUGGAUAUGGACUCUCCUAAAAUUCCGAAAAUCGAUAUGCGUCAUCAAAUAUGAUUGAAGAUAUCCUUAAUAUCCCCGUAAUUUGCACCAACUCAGAACAGCAAGAAAGGAGCGCGGCCGAAGCAAUCGGUGUUGAAGCGGCAAGGAACGGGGUUUAUGAAAGCAGCUGUCGCCAUCGAAGACGAAAAAGUUUAUCCUGCCAUUGCGGACCAAUCACCCGAUCAAUCACCUUCAGAUGCUGGACAAACACUUUCUGCAGGAAGUAAUGCCUAUGCGACUACUAUUAAGGCUUGUCCUAAUUCAUCUUGAGAAGCACCUUAGUUACAAGAACAACUUGGAAGGGUUUUAUACGGGAAAAUGAAAAUGUCUCUACCUCCAUGCAGUAGAUGCUGCUCUUCUUCAUCAGGAUGAAUUUUUAUAUGGGUAGGGUCUAAUGAUCCUACAGACGAUUCCUCUCCCUCUCCACAAACUACGGCGAUUGUUUCUCUAGGUGCAGAGCUCGAGAAUGCAGGGGAAGACAACGUGCCAGCGAGUAAGCUGCAAAAAGCAGCAGGUCAAAGAGAAGGUCGUGGAUCGACUCAGUACGCUUCCAAGGUGAUCCCGAGUGACAGCAGUCCCACCGAUACUUCGCCGUCUGCGAGGGCCGCAAAUGGUGAUAAGACGAAGGCGGCAAAAGGUAUAAGUACUUAGACUUAAGAUGGGACACGAAUUUUUGCUUUUAUCGAAGAUCGAGGAUGAUUAGAUAUUGACAGACAUCGUUCGUUGCAUUACAUACAACGAACUACAUAGCUUGAUCGUAGUCACGAUGAGGUGAACAACUUUUUCGGGAGCAAAAGCAAAGAAGGAACAAGGACUUUGAACAUUUAGUUAUCGUACCUACUUCCUAUCCGUCCACUUCAGAAGAACUCGAGGAUCUGCUCGCGAAGAAGGAGCAAAUCGCCAUGUCCAUCAAGCCCUUGUUUCCUUCUACCGAAAGUAGACAGCGCUCAUACUCGAAGGAUGACUUGUCCACACUGGAAGAAGUGGGUGAAGAAGUCGUUGGCGCUGGUGGUGCUGGUGCUGGUGGUGGACAUUCAUCUUCUGUCGACCCACAUGCUACUAGUACUAGCGCCGAAUCAAAACGUUCCAGACCAGCUCCUUAUGUGCCGCGAGGAACAUUGAUGCCGUCUGCUGAGGAACAAGCCAAACAGAGAGCGCAAAUCCUGUUGCAAGCCAAAAAAGAACAAGAGGAACUACUGAAAAAAGCGCAGAAGAGCGGGUUGGCAAGACCGACGACAGAGAUAGUAUAAUUACUCAUGUACUAUUUCUUGUUCAUCUUCAUUACCACGUUACUGGAGACAUCCUAGCAGACAUCCUAGCUGCAGUUCAAGUAAAGAAAGUGUAGUUGUAACAAGUGUAACUCGCUUCCCUCAUCAACAUCUUCAAGACGCAUACUUCUGACUUGACCUUCAGGACCGAAACACUAACGAAGCGGACAUGCUUCAGGCGGCAAUGGAGGCCUCGACAUCUGUGCGGACCCGAGAAGAGGAUGAGAUAUACGAAGCCCUAAAGCGAUCCCAAAUAGAUGAUGGUGAAGACGAUCUGGCUAAAGCUUUGAGGGUGUCGCAGACUGAGGUACUUGUGCUGAUGUUGAAAUACUUUGUCGAGUUCUAGAAUAGAAAUAGGUGGACGUGGAAUGUGGUUUGAACUAGUACUUAACAAAACAGCACAGCCUCCUCCUCGACGUGACGUUAGUGCUAGAACAAAAUGAAUAGGUGUUCCAAUCAAUCAAUCAAUCAAUCGAUUCCCUUCCACCUACUUUGCACAACAACAACUGACUCCACCCAAAAACAAUUAUACCUCCAUCAACCACGACCCAGACUUUGCGUUCUUCACGAGGAGACGAGGAACUCGAGAUGGCUUUACGAUUGUCACAGGAGACUGGAGGUUCGUCUUCAGCUGCCCGAAAUCCCGGAGACGAGGAAGAGGAAUUACAGCGCGCUCUUAUGCUCAGCCAGAUGGAGGAGGAACGCCGACAGGUCGAAAUAUACGGUAUGAUCCGCGGAAAAGAGAGUUAUUGUACAAGCUCUACUUUUUACAACAAUUUGUUGAUCGUCGUGUCUGAGUCCUGUCUGUUCGGACGACGUCGAAAUUUUUUUUUUUCUUAGUUAUGAAUAUGAUGGGGUAAUAUAUUGUCGAUCUCGAUGUUGCUUUUCCUAUUUAUGUGUAUCAAGUUUCAUCAGGUUGUUUCACAUUCCACCACAGUUUCCCCGCACAGCGGUAGUGCCGGCAGUGCUAGUGCUGAUCCUUAUGCGAGUCGGAACGGUAGUCCUGGUGGCGGAUCCAGCAGUUCUGCAGCCCGUUUUGAUGGCCCGUUGUAUGAUGGCCCAGCUGGUAGUAGUUCUUUUCCGUCUACUAUGUUAGCUGGAAGUGCGGCUUCUUCAAGUGCACCAGCUGUAGGAGGAGGAGGAGGAGGCGCUUCUUCGAGUUCGAAUAAGAAGAUCUCGAAAUAUUCGAAGGAAGGCAAAAGUGUGGCCACCGGUAGCAGCUCACCACAAUUCUUCGAUGAUGAUUAAUAGUUCUAGGGUGUUUACGAGACGAUUUGCAUGAACAUUGAUGUGGCUUGUCAAUUAUAGGAACAGGAAUAGAAGGAUUGAUGGAAUCAUUUGCAUUUGGCUUACAAUUGAUGGGAUUGAACAUUGCUUCUACCAGACGAACUAAAUGUGAUCAGCGACGUACUAAAAAAAGCGUGAAAGAAUUCAGAAGACAAAGAGAGAUAAUCAGCCAAAGAGGAGGUCUAUAGAAGUGAAGCACUAGUUCUAGUGCUUGUCUUCAAAAU